GGUGUGAUGUGGCAGGGACAGAGGAGCACCAUCAGGCUGAGCACACAAACAUAUGCACAUACUCUGUUACACUUUUUAUUUAAGCAAAGGGGAAAUUAACACAUACAGCAGUUGAUCAUUUGCGCUCUCUGUUUUAGGGCACUGAAGAUGCCACAAGCUUGAAAGUAGAAUAAGGCAGAUCACAAAGAUUAUCAAGUGUCAUAAUCUCACACCACUGAGUUGUUUUGCGGGGAAAAGGGGGCCGUUAAGACUUCAGUAGAUUAAACAGCUCUAUGACCUACUUGGAAGCACUUUAAUGUCCAGUAAUUGUAGAAUAUUUCAUUUGGCUUAUCAUAGAAGUGCAUGAAUAAAAACAGAUUGAUCGUGGACUCCCAAAAGUCCAUUGAAACAAAAAUGUUGUAUCAUUGAACAAAAUGCUGUAUCCAACACAGGAUACAGUUGAGGAACAUAAUGCAACAAGAAAACAAGUCUCUUAGAGAGAGUGAGGAUUAGAGAGGUGCAUAACACCUGGAUUUGCCAUGUACUGGGUGCAGGGUGUCCCAUCUGAUCUGCUCUGGGGUUAUAAAAACUCUGGCUCCUCCUCGGCUGUGAGCAUCAAUGAGGGUAACGGCAGUGCAUGUGUGCGUCUCACUGCAUGUGGAGUAAUGGCUCUGUUCAUGGACUCGGACUUCUCUUUACUGAAGCACGGCCCGCAGAAAGACACGAUGGAUUUAAAGGCGUUAUAUGGAGAACAGGAGCACUGCAAAGAUGCCCACAGUGAGAGCGCCCUGUCGUCUCCUGAGCCGGACAGAGCCGCCGGUUUGAUGGAAGGUCAGAGGAAGAGGAAGAGGACGAUCUUCAGCCGAGCGCAGCUGUCUGAGCUGGAGCAGGCGUUCGCUGUGACUCCCUACCCGGACAUCACCCUGAGGGAGAGGCUUGCCGCUCACACACACCUGCCCGAGAGCAAGAUACAGGUGUGGUUCCAAAACAGAAGAGCUCGGAGUAUUAAGACCGGCAGAUUCCCCAAGUCCAGCAAGUCUGUCCUGGGAGGAAGAGGCUUUGUGGAGCCUUGCCCUGGGCCUGGGACCUCCACCUAUACAGCUCCGACCACUGUGGUGGACAUACUCAGACCAGAUCAGAACCACACCUGUGAAGACGUGCCACACCUUUACUCAGACUGGAUGCAGCUCUACAGCAGCCCCGCAUCGUCCACAGCGUCUUCCUCGUCCCUCCACCACCAGCCCGCGCUCAGCUGCUCGAAACACUCAGAGCCCAGUCUCUGGGAGGAGGAGAACCACCGGCAGCAGCAGCACUUGGGACUCAGCGGUUUUCUUCCUGCUUCGUUUCCUCAGGCCAUCACCAGGCAGCCUCACCACUCUGCGCCCACGCGCUCCUACCAGGCAUUCAGGAACUACAAGCCCCAGAGCCUGGCUCCAUCUGGGGCUCAUCAGGCCGUGUACGGAGGAAGCGGAGGUCACAGGUCUGUGGACCAGGUGGUCCCUUCCCACCCUCAGCCAGUGUACUUGGAGGUGACCCAAGGCCAGGGACACCACCACCGUCAUCAUCAUCACCACCCACAAAUGGGACAACAGACCUCCAUGGGAUAUAUCUCAGACCUGAUCUACAACGCUGCCAUUGUCACCAAUUUUCUAGAAUUCUGAUGAGGAGCACGGGCUGAGGGGAACAUAAAUGCAGGACGUUAAGUCAGUCAAGGUCUCUGUUUCUGUUACAUUCAUUUGCAUUUCCUUAUACAACACUUUCCAUGUCUAAAUCUGUCCUGUCUGCCACCAGAGCUGAGUGUACGUAAUAUACUGUAGUCAAGUUGUUGUGUUGUCAUUGCCCUAGUUUAGGCUUUAUGUUUUCAUUACGUGUUGCAUAUUUUAGGGAAUAAAACGUUUUCAUUCCAGUUUAA